CCGGGGCUCCGGGCGGGAGUUUCACCAUCACCGGCGUCCGCACCCCGACUGGGGGACAAUUGCUGUGAGAUCCGAAUACACCGUGGUCCCGGCCUUUCCCGUCUCUCUCAGACCACGAUCCGUACCCGGGCCCGGGGAGUUUCGGCUGAGGGAAUGGGAGCGGGUCUCUCAGACACUGCCGAGCUCCAGGCGUCUAAAUCCAGGCAUUAGGAACUCGCGAUAAACAAAAUUAUUCCAUGACCUUGAGAAAAUCACCUUUGUUUUACUUCUUGUUCUGGGCCUUUCUACCCGUAACAAGAUGUUUUGUACCGUUCUCUCUGGGUACAUAGUGAUAUAAAACAACUUUGUCCUGGUAAUAAGUGACCUGUACAUUUCACAUCACUAAAGUGUUUCACUCCACGAUGAAAGACUACUGCCUCCCCUUCAUAUUCAUUGGCAUUGCAAUCGAUGAGUUCACCUCCGUCUGUCACAGUAGGAGCGGUCAGGAUGAUCAGAAAGUCUCCAGGAUAAGCCAUGUAAUAUCAUGUGCUCUUUAUAGCACUUUGGGACAUGGCCAGAACUUGAAAUGAUACCAGCGUUCCCUCAUUUUUUCCAACUGUACAGUCUGCACAGGAAAUUUGUACACAGUCUGAAAACUGCAGCACCUUAAAUUAAUAUAUAAAAGAGAGUUCCAGCUAUACAGCAGCAAAGGCUUUAUGUGUGACAACAUUUCAGUUACUGUCUGGUCACACAACUCUGAGCGCGCAGUAAAUAAUGCUAAUGGAAAGAGUCAAACUGAGCAAAGUCACAGAUUGAAGGUUUGAAACAGCAAAGAAUUUGUGAGCAGGAAUCCCAAAAACAAGAACACAUCAGCGUUGCUGUCUCUGUCCAGUUAUUUCCUUAGUAACACCAAUGUAUCUAUUGUUGAUCCUUGGAGAUGACGAAGUAUCUCAUCCCAGCUGGAAACAUGCUUUGAGUCUGAAAUGAAGUUUUCGACUGUAACUCAGUGAAAUCCACUGGAACCGGGGGCUGAGAACAUACCAGAAUUUGUUCAUUAGAGAAAAGCUGUUCAACUUCAUUUAUUGUGCAAGGAGUUCACUACGUCUGACAUCUGACUUGAUACAUUACCAGAGAAUUGAUAGAAAACUGUGGGAAAGGAUUUGGUCACUCAUCCCCCCCAGAAACAGCAAUGAGUUCACACUGGGGAGAGUCCAUUCACCUGCUCAGACUGUAGGAAGUUAUUUGCUUGGUCAUAUACUCUGCUGCCACACCAGUUAGUUCACAUUGGGGAAAGGCUGUUCACCUACUCAGGUAGUGGGAUGGAAUUCACUCAGUCAUCCAUCAUGAAGAGACACCAGCAUGUUCACACUGGGGAGAGACAGUUUACCUGCUCAAAUUGUGGGAAGGGAUUCACUCGGGCAUCUGGCCUACAGACACACCAGUCAGUUCACACUGGGGAGAGGCCAUUUACUUGCUCUGAAUGUGGGAAGGGAUUCACUCAGUCAUCUCAUCUGAAGGUACAUCAGCGAAUUCACACUGGGGAGAAACCAUUCACCUGCUCAGACUGUGGGAAGGGAUUCACAUGGUCAUCUCAAUUAAAGGUACAUCAGCGAAUUCACACUGGGGAGAGGCCAUUCACCUGCUCGGACUGUGGGAAGGGAUUCACUCAGACAUAUGACCUAAUGGCACACCAACGAGUUCACACUGGGGAGAAACCGUUCACAUGCUCAGCCUGUGGAAAAGGAUUCACUCACUCAUCAAACCUACAGAGACACCUGCGUGUUCACACUGGUGAGAGGCCGUUCACCUGUACUGUGUGUGGGAGGGGAUUCACUCACUCAUCCAACCUACAGGCACACCAGUCAGUUCACACUGGGGAGAGGCCAUUCACCUGCUCAGACUGUGGGAAGGGAUUCACUCAAUCAUUUUACCUACUGGCACACAAGUUAGUUCACACUAAGGAGAUGCUGUUCACCUGCACAGACUGUGGGAAGGGAUUCACUCGGUCAUCUCAACUGAAGAUACAUCAGCGAGUUCACACUGGAGAGAGGCCAUUCGCCUGCUCAGACUGUGGAAAAGGAUUUACUCGGUCAUAUGACCUGCUAGCACAUCAGCGAGUUCACACUGGUGAGAAGCCGUUCACCUGCUCAGAUUGUGGGAAGGGAUUCACUCGGUCAUCUCAACUUAAGGUACACCAGCGAGUUCACUCUGGGGAUAAGCCAGUCACCUGCUCAGACUGUGGGAUGGGAUUCACUAGCUCAUCCAACCUGCAGAGACACCUGCGAGUUCACACUGGGGAGAGGCCGUUCACCUGUUCUGUGUGUGGGAAAGGAUUCAGUCGGUUAUCCAUCCUACAGGUUCACCAGUCAGUUCACACUGGAGAGAGGCCAUUCACCUGCUCAGAUUGUGGGAAGGGAUUCACUAACUCAUCCAACCUACAGAGACACCAGAGAGUUCACACAGGGGAGAAACCAUUCACCUGCUCAGACUGUGGGAAGGGAUUCACUCAAUUAUCCAUCCUACAGACACACCAAUCAGUUCACACUGGGGAGAGGCCAUUCACCUGCUCAGACUGUGGAAAGGGAUUCACUCAAUCCUCUCAACUGAAGGUACAUUUGCGAGUUCACACUGGGGAGAGGCCAUUCACCUGCUCAGACUGUGGGAAAGGAUUUACUCGGUCAUAUGACCUACUGGCACAUCAGCGGGUUCACACUGGUGAGAAGCCGUUCACCUGCUCAGAUUGUGGGAAGGGAUUCACUCAGUCAUCUCAACUUAAGGUACACCAGCGAGUUCACACUGGGGAGAGGCCAUUCAUCUGCUCAGACUGUGGGAAGGGAUUCAUUCAGUCAACUGACUUACUGGUACACCAGCGCAUUCACACUAGGGAGAGGCUGUUCACCUGCUCAGACUGUGGGAAGGAUUCACAUUGAAAUUGAGUACAUUGGUUGUGGGAGCUCUGCUGUAUUAAACUGGCUACUGAGCUCUCAUAAAAACAUUGACUGGAUUGGAGACGUUUGGCAGAGAGGAGGCACUUUUAAGUAGCAUUGUUUUUUUCCCCAGGAAUCUGAGCUUCAGAAUGUACUAUACUAUGAGUGUGCAGGAGUGAGAAUGUUGGAUCCAUCUGUUUAAUUUUAAGUAACUUUUGUAUGCAUAACCAUUUAAAAUGUCUCUAGUAGCUGUACAAAGUAUACCUCUAGUAGUUUCUUUGCACUUUAUUAAGUACAAUAGUGCUAGAAAGUUUGUGAACCCUGAAGAAUUUUUUCUGUUUCUGCAUAAAUAUGUCCUAAAAUGUGAUCAGAUCUGCACCUGUUCUAAAACUAGGUAAAGAGAACCCAAUUAAAUAAGCAACACAAAUAUUAUAUUUUUCAUUUAUUUAUUGAGACAAACAAUCCAAUAUUUUAUGUAUUUGUGGGGAAAAAGUAUGUGAACCUUUGCCUUCAGUAACUCGUGUGACCCCCUUGUACAAUAGUAACUUCAACCAAAUAUUUCCGGUAACUGUUGAUCAAUCCAGCACAUCAGCUUGCAGGAAUUUUAGGCCAUUCUUCCUUACAAAACUGCCUCAACUUGUGGGCUUCCUUGCAUGAACUCCUUGCUUCAAGACCUUCCACAACAUUUCUAUAGGAAUAAGAUCAGGACUUGGACUUGGUCUUUCCAAACCAUGAAUUUACCUUUUAAACCAUUCUGUUGUUGAUUGACUCUUGUCUUUCAGAUCAUUGUCUUGUUGCAUUAUCCAACUUCUGUUAAGUUUUAGGUGACAGACAGUUAACCUGACAUUCUCCUGUAAAAUGUUUGGAUACAAUUUUGAAUUCAUUGUUCCCUCAAAGACUGCAAGCUGUCCAGGCCCUGUGGGAGCAAAGCAGCUCCAAACCAGGAUGCUCCUUCCACCACACUUCACAGUUGGGAUGAGGUUUUGAUGUUGGUGUGCAAUGCCCUUUAUCGUCCUAACAUAGUAGAAAUGUGCAUUUCUGCCAGAAGGUUCAACUUUUGUCCUAUCUGUUGUAGAAGCAUUGUAGAAUAUUCAGGUGGUCUUCGUGAGAUGAGCAGUAAUGUUUUCUUUGGAGAGCAGUGGUUUCCUCUGUGGGGUCCUUCCAUAAACACCAUUCUUGUUCCGUGUUUUUCUUACAGUGGAAACACAAACAGAGAGUUUAGCGAGUUCCAGAGAUUUCUGCAGGUCUUUUGCAGUUACCCUUGGAUUCAUUUUCACCUCCUUCACCUCAUUGCAUGAUGUGCUUCUGGUGUGAUAUUUGUAGGAUGCCCACUCCUAGGGAGAGUAGUAACAGUACUGAGAUUCCUCCAUUUGAAGGAAAUUUCUCUUACUGUGGACUGAUCAACACUCAGGUCUUUCAAAAUUCUUGUCGCCUUUUCCAGCUUUGUGAAACUCUACAAUUCUUCUAAGCGCCUCUGAAAGUUGUUUUGUUCGAGGCACAUAAACAGAUCUUUCUUGAGAAGAGCAGACUUCAUUAGUAACCUGAAUUUCUGUGUGUUUUUAAAAAAAUCGGACAGGGCACCUCUACAAUCCACACCUGCAAUCUCAUCUCAUUGAUUGGAAUACCUGACUCCAAAUACUUUUUGUAGAAAGGCGUUGCCCCAUACUUUUUCUAACAAAUACAUGUAAUAUUGGAUUAUUUUUCUCAAAUCAACAAGUACAUUGUUAUUGUGUUAUUUGUCUCUGUUUGUCUAGUUUUAAAACUUGCAUAAAAAUCUGAUCACAUUUUAGGUCAUGGUUAUUCAGAAACAGAAAAUUCUACAGGUUUCACAAACCUUAUAGCGUUACUGUAAGUAUUUUCAGAUCGCUCAAUUUUUUGCUGCAGUAUUGGCUAAGUACUUUCUAAUUGGAUUAGUAUUAUCUAAGUAUUUAAAUAGAAUAUUUUUCUUAACUUUAAGCAAAAAAAGUAGCUGUUUUAAGCUAGCCACCAUUUUUAGUUUCUCUCUUUUCUUCAAUUAGUAGACCCUGUCACUGUUCUGUUCCUGUUCUAUCAACUUUGAAUAAAACAAUCAUGAAACAACAAGUGUUAUGCCUCAGUCCUGACUUCUAGAAGAACCUUGGACUUACACACCAAAAUCAGUCAAUUGGUGUUGUCAUGAUUUUGAACUCAGAAUAAUCGAAGACAGAGGAUUUUCAAUGGCUAAGCAAAAACGGUCGAAUCGAAAAACUCCUGAAUCUGGGCCUCGGUACCCUUCUCUGCAACUGGAUCCUCAGCUUCCUAACUGCAAGACCACAGUCUGUGGAUCAGAAACAACAUCUCCACUUCGCUGUCAAAGAACACUGGCAUACCUCAGUGAUGUGUGCUUAGCCCACAACUUGCUGUACUCUCUCUAGGCCCAUAACUGUGUGACUAGGCACAGUUCCAAUGCUACCUAUAAAUUUGCUGAUGACACAACUAUUGGCAGAACCUCAGAUGCUGACAAGACGAUGUACAGGAGCGAGAUAUACCAGCUAGUUGAGUGAUGUCACAGCAACAACCCUGCACUCAAUGUCAAUAAAACCAAAGAACUGAUUGUGGACUUCAGAAAGGGUAAGACAAAGGUACACACACCAGUCCUCAUUGGGGGGGAUCAUAAGUGGAAAGAAUGAGCAUUUUAAAUUCCUGGGUGUUAACAUAUGAGGAUCUAACCUAGACCCAACGUAUUGAUGCAGCUACAAUGAAGGCACAGCAGCAGCUGUAUUUCAUUAGGGGUUCAAAGUGAUCUGGUAUGUCAUCAAAAACACUGGCAAUUUUCUACAGAAAUUUCCAAGAGCAUUCUAACUGGUUGCAUCACCACCUGGUAAGGGGUGAGGGGAUGGGGUGGAACUGCACAGGAUCGAAGUAAGCUGCAUUAGGGUUAAAUACUAAAGUUGUAAACAGAGUCAGCUCCAACAUGGGCACUAGCCUCCAUAUUCUACCUGGACAAUACAAACAGGUAUGUCAGGCUGCUGUUUAUCGACUAUAGCUCAGCAUUUAAUACCAUUAUUCUCACAAUCCUGAUUGAUAAGCUAUAGAACCUGGGCCUCUGUACCUCCCUCUGCAUUUGGAUCCUCAACUUCCUAACUGAAAGACCACAAUCUAUGUUAUUGGUGAUAAUAUUUCCUCCUCACUGACGAUCAACACUGAUGCGCCUCAGGGGUGUGUGCUUAGCCCACUGCUCUACUCUGUCUAUAUCCAUGACUGUCAGGCUAGGCAUAGCUCAAAUACCAUCUAUAAAUUUGCUGAUGAUACAACCAAUGUUGGUAGAAUCUCAGAUGGAGACAAGAGGGCAUACAGGAGUGAGAUAUACCAACUAGUGGAGUGGUGUCACGGCAACAACAUUGUAUUCAACUUCAGUACGAUGAAAGAGCUGACUGUGGACUUCAAGAAGAGUAAGAUGAAGGAACACAUAUCAAUACUCAUGAAGGGAUCAGAAGUGGAGUGAAUAAGCAGUUUCAAGUUACUGGGUUCCAGAUCUCUGAGGAACUAACUUGGUCCCAACAUAUUGAUGCAGCUAUAAAGAAGGCAAGACUGUGACUGUACUUCAUUAGGAGCUUGAAGAGAUUUGGUAUGUCAAUAAAACCACUCAAAAACUUACAUGGAUGUAAUGUGGUACAUUCUGACAGGCUGCAUCACUGUCUGGUAUGGGGAAGGGGGUGCUACUGCACAGGACAAAAGAAGCCGCAGAAGGUUGUAAAUCUAGUCAGCUCCAUUUUGAGUACCAGACUACAAAGUACUCAAGAUAUCUUCAAGGAGUGGUGUCUCAGAAAGGCUGCAUACAUUAUGAAGGACCUCCAGCACCCAGAGCGUGCCCUUUUCUCACUGUUACCAUCAUGUAGGAGGUACAGAAAACUGAAGGCACACAUUCAGCAAUUCAGGAACAGCAUCUUUCCCUCUGCCAUCUGAUUCCUAAAUGGAUUUUG